AUGAAGGUCCUCUUUGUUUUUGCUGUUCUCUUCUGUAUGGUCCAAACCAACUCAGGGGACAUUCCACCUGGAAUUAGAAAUACUAUCUGCCUUAUGCAACAUGGGACCUGCAGGCUUUUUUUCUGCCAUGCUGGUGAGAAAAAGGGUGACAUUUGCUCCGAUCCUUGGAAUAGGUGUUGCAUACCAAAUAAGGAGGAAGGAGAAGAAGAGACAGCGGAGAAGGAUGGCAGACCUGGGAUCUAAAAUGUAAGCUCCUGGAAGGCAGAGAUUUGAAGUAUUCCAAGGACUGGCUUAAGGAAAUGUGUGGCUAUCGUCGGCGCUCAAUAAAUGUUUGUU